ACAGAGAGAGAACUAAAGAAAUGAUUCUCACUUUUGGUAAUCUGGGUUUUCUUUGUCCAUGUUCUCCCACAUAUUAUAUAUGUAUGUCUUUGGAUAUGUACAAACUGUAUUAUUAAGUAAAUUUGCAAACGAAGGGAAUCCCAAGUUUGUUAAGAAGAAGUCUCGGGCGGGACAUUUCAAGAAGCAGUCCAAUUUUUUGGUGAAAGGCAAAAUAAAAUAUGUAAAUGAGAGAAGUGUUAGAAAGCAAAGCUGCAUAGUUGGUUUAGACUCACUUGGCAUAACAAUUCUUAUGGAAACAGCAAAAAGCAGAGAGACAGGCAUAAAAAAAAAAGGAAAGGCAAGAAUACACAUCAUCACCAUCAUUACAAUCAUCACUUACCACCCCCACACACCGGUCACCAAACCUAAAUUCCAAACAAUUCCCUCACUCUCUCUCUCUCUCUCUCUUUACCUUUUUUUUCAACCAUCCUCCCCCACUUUUUCCCUCCUUUUGGCACCCUCUCUUGCUUGCACCUUCCUGCACACGAUGCCUCUUUCUUCUCUCUCUCUCUCUCUCUCUCUCUAGGGUCCACUUAUUCUUCAAGAUAUAUAUACAAAUAUAUAUGUAUAUAUUAAGUCCAUGACAAGGAGAACAACAUCUUCUUCUUUUCCACAACAUCAUUGAUGGUUUUCUCGUUUAUGAUAUCUUUGCUUCUCUUUCAGUCUUUCUUGGUUUCAAACUGAGGAGGAAGAACAAAAUUGUAGAAGAAAGAAGAGGAGGCUGAAGAAAGGAGAAAGAAGAGAAAAAAAAGAAUGAGGAUUUGUGGAGGAAGACAAACUUAUUAUCAUAUAUUAAUCUUCCUAUUGGGUCAUUACCUCUGUUCAGGUUUAAAGGUAACAGUGAAGGAGACAAUUGGACACAAGAAAGAAGAUAUACAAACACAUUUCACUACUAAAAUUUCCACCACCAAAAGGGACAUCACCACUCCAAUCACAACUGUUCCAACACUAACACCCACCACUACUCCAACUUCAACAACACCACUCUUGAACCCAAACUCGAACCCGGAUUCCAGCUCUCCUGCUAACAUGACACCUAGCCUCCCUCCCACCAUUACUGCAUCCCCUGCAUCUUCGGGUGCCAGUUGGUGCAUUGCUAGCCAAAGUUCAUCACAGACUGCAUUACAAGUUGCUCUGGACUAUGCUUGUGGUUAUGGUGGUGCUGAUUGUUCAGCAAUUCAAUCUGGUGGUAGUUGUUACAAUCCAAAUUCUAUUCGUGAUCAUGCUUCUUAUGCAUUCAAUAGCUACUACCAGAAAAACCCAGUUCCAAAUAGCUGCAAUUUUGGUGGAACUGCAGUUAUAACUAGCACUAACCCAAGUACAGGAACAUGUCAAUAUCCAUCAACUAGCACAAGUGCAUCAGUCUUGAACACAACAAAUUCCAGUGGGUCAACUGUUUUUGGUGCUGUACCUUCUGGCCCCUCAACCUCUGCAGCACCAGCUGCUAAAUUCAAUAGCCUGCCCAACUUGUUUAUCAUGGCAUGUCUCGUGGUGUUGAUAGCCAAAUAAAUUCACUAAAAAGCAAAAGGAGUUUCCAAAGUGCUGUUUUUUGCUUUUAAGUUUUGAAGAUGCUAGCUAAAGAAGUAUAUACAUGCAAAUAUAUACGUAUAUAUGGAAAUUAUAUAUCUGGAUGCCAUCAGGCUGCCUAUUACUGCUAAUCGGAUGAUGAAUGCCCAAUACAAACUGCCCGAUGGAGCCUAGUAGAUGAUUUCUGUAUGUGCAGAAAUGGUGCUUGACUGAGGACUAUGUUUUGCAACCUUAGUUUCAAGUGUCAAAUUGAGAUUAAACUUCUAAUUGAUAUAUAAAUGAGUUUUUAGUGAUAAAGAGAGAUGUUUGUAGAAAGGAAAAAAGAUAGAAAAGGAAUGUGAUGGGUUGGUUUUAAACUGUAGAGAUAGUAACCAUGGUGUUGUUUUUUGUUUUUUUUUUUUUGUUCUUUUUUUUUUUUUUUUGUUUUAAUAGCAUUAGGAUGAUAAUAUCUACUCAAAUGUAUAAGCCGACUAGGCUUUGUUUUGAGAAGUCAAUUUUGUAAAUUUUAUUGGGAAUGAAUGAAAUGUUUUCUUUAUGAAAAA